AAGAAGACGGCCUUCUUUAAAUAAUUGGGUUAGUAGGCAGACAAUGUCUCUUAAGACAAGAACAAAACAGCUUCUCUUCUAUUCCUCCAAAAGGUUUCAACUUCAUACAUCAUCUCCACCGCCAUGAGCCACCAGAACCACCACCAGUUGCCAAACUAUGCCACGGCCCGAAACACCAUGUUCGUUCAAGCAGAUCCCUCAAAUUUCCGCAACAUCGUCCAAAAACUCACCGGAGCACCACCGGAACUCUCUGCCGUCUCCGCGGCACAACGGAAGCUUCCUUUAACUCCAAAGAAACCAGCAUUCAAGCUCCACGAACGCCGUCAAACAUCCAAGAAAAUGGAGCUGAAGAUCAACAACACCACCGACGACUCUUUAAGCCAUUUCAACAGAGGAUUCCUCGUCUCUCCCGUCUCUCACCUGGACCCAUUCUGGAUGCGCGUGAGCCCACAUUCAGCUCAUGAAUAUCCCCACGCGUCGCCAGACAAUAAAGAGCAAAAGGCCAUAGCCGAGAAAGGGUUCUACUUCCUUCCGAGUCCGAGAAGCGGCGACGAGCCAGCACCUGAGCUUUUGCCGUUGUUUCCUCUACGUUCUCUUAACGCCACUAAUCAACGGACUGAAGAGGAUUACCGCAACUCUUAAUCGUAUAAUUUGAGUCCACUAUUAGGCUAUUUUGUUAGGGUAAUAUCCGUUUUGGAUUUUAAUUAACCUCAAGACUUGUUUCUACUAUCCUUCAUUAACCUUUUUGAAGGGUCAACUGCUCCAACGUGUGUACUCCACUUCCAUUAGAAUAUAAAUCCUUAAGUAUC